AUGGUCAAGGCCAUAGAUGGACUGUCCCAGAAGUAUUGCCAAGAACUAAGCAGAGAGAUACCUUGGCUAAGACAUAUUCAGGACCUUAGUAGUCGUGUGUGGGUUCUUCAUAAUGAUAUCCUCACUGCAGUCCCUAGGAAAGAACAAACGGUUCCGGUCACAGUCACCUUACUCCCAUGCCAAUAUCUGGAGACUCUUGAGAAAGGCAGGGGGGAUCCCAUGUAUCUGGGACUGAGCAAGCCUGAACGCUGCCUGUUCUGCACAAAGGAAGGGGAGCAGCCCGUGCUGCGGCUCAAGGAUGGGGACAUAAUGGAACUGUACCACCAAAGGGAACCUGUAAAAGCUUCCCUCUUCUACCAAAACAAGAGUGGCACCACCUCAACAUUCGAGUCCGCAGCCUUCCCUGGUUGGUUCAUCGCUGUCUGCUCCAAAGGAAGCUGUCCGCUCUUUCUGACCCAAGAUCUGGGGAAAACCCACAUCACUGACUUUGAGAUGAUUGUGGUGCACUAA